CCAACACAAUGAACCUUUCCAUCUCGUAUUAUAUUUCUCAGCCGAAUAUAUAGGUACGUGGUAUAUAUAUAUCUUCUAAGCACAAAAGUAGUUUCAUUUUUAUCUGAUAAUCGAUCGACUGGUUAUUACUCAUGGAGAUCUUCAACAAGUACAAGGCUGUGAAGCUCCGGAGCCACCUGGAGAAGUACCUGGUCGCCGUUGACGAUCAGAAGACGGUGAGACAGAGUCGGAAGGGAGGUAACACCAGGAACGCGAGAUGGACGGUAGAGCUUGUCGAGAACAAACCCCACGUCAUACGUCUCAAGAGCUGUUACGGCCUCUACCUCACGGCAACAGACAUGGCGUUUUUGUUAGGGGAGACCGGAGAAAAGAUUCUUCAGACGGAAGCCGAUAGGCUCUCCGACUGGAAGUUCGAGUUCGAGCCUAUAAAAGACGGGUUUCAGAUGAAGUUCAGGACGUGGUGCGGGAAGUACUUGCGAGCUAACGGUGGACCGCCACCGUGGAGGAAUAGUGUUACGCAUGAUGCUCCGAGCACGUCCUCGACGAGGAAUUGGAUUUUGUUUGACGUGGAAGGGGCGGAGGUUCCGGUGUCGGAGUCCGUUACCGACUUCUUGCUGUCGCAGCAGUCGAGUUUUUCAUCUUUUAAUUCCGAUGAGAUUGAUAAUGAUACAGAGUAUGAAUCGCCGAUGUGUGCUUGGUCUCCUAGGUCGCCAAAGACGUCGGUUUUGUCAAGUAAGAGGUCGAUUUUCUCCGGCAGGUCGCCGUGGCAUUCUCCGAAAGUUUCUUCAAAACAGCUAGUAGUUCAUCAGACCAAAUCGAACAAGUUCCGAACAGGCAUGGACCUCUUCCACAACGCCAAGGCGGUGCGCCUCCGUGGCCACCACGACAAGUACCUAUUAGCCGAUGAAGACGAAGAGACCGUCAGCCAAGAACGCAACGGCUCCUCCAAGACCGCAAAGUGGACCGUCGAGCUCGUCCCCGGAUCCGACUACGUCAUCCGACUCAAGUCCUGCUUCGGUAAGUACCUCACCGCCUCCAACCAGCCCUUCCUUCUCGGCAUGACCGGACGCAAAGUGCUUCAGACUCUUCCGCGGCGCCUCGACUCUUCUGUUGAGUGGGAGCCCGUCCGGGAAGGGAAUCAGGUGCGGCUCAAGACACGGUACGGCAACUUUCUGAGAGCCAAUGGGGGCUUGCCGCCGUGGAGAAACUCGGUGACGCAUGAUAUUCCUCAUAGAACAGCUACGCAGGAUUGGGUUAUGUGGGAGGUUGAUAUAGUUGAGAUUCAGGUGCAGUCUCCGGCGCAUAGACCCGCCGGGCCUCCGCCGCUGCCGCAUUCGGACUCUUUGGACUUCGAAUCCAGCUCACCUUUGUCUCUUUCAGUCAAAUCAUCGGCCAGUUUCACUAGACAAGAGUCGACUGAUUCGGUUGUGGAGUCGCCGCCGAAGGUGGAAGGGAGGACUAUAUACUACCAUAUAGCGGAAGAUAAUGGCGAUGUAGAUGAUGAAGCUGUGCAGGGUUACUCUAUGAUCUUUAAGGGAAAUGGGGUCGAGGAAUUGACUCGUAAAUUUGAGGAAGAGACGGGGAUUGAAGGGCUUGUUGUGUGUGCUCGAAGCCCUUUGAAUGGGCAGCUCUGCCCUCUGCGAUUGCAGCUGCCUCCAAACAAUGUGACAAUGCAUGUUGUGGUUGUCUUAUCUUCUUCGAAAGCGGCUCAAGAUCUCGUGAAGAAAGGUUUAUUAUGAGAGGCACCGGAUUGGAUUCACAGUUUUGGCAGGCAACAUUACCCACAUAUGUACAUAUUGCAUAGAAGCUCUUUGGAUUUUUUUAUUUUUAGAGAUUUGAAUCAACCACAAUGAAGUCCCCCCUUUAGUUGAUGUCUCUACAGCUACAUUCAAGUGGAAGGAGUUGAAGCACAUACCGUUCUUUGUUAUGGGGCAAGGACGUACUAGUAUCGACGCCCUGAAAUGAUACUCGAUUUGGGGGGGUUUCGGACUCUGUAAAUUCAUGUUGUAAGCGUACCAGCUUUGAGAGAGAUUUGCGAUUUGAUGGUGUCACCUCCAUCAGCAGCAGCUAGUUUUCUUCUUUGGAGAAUGUCUGAUUGGUUUUUAGUGGUUAAAUUGGAUUUGUUCAUUUAGUUUAUUUGGUUACAGGAUGUAAGAUGUAAUGCUAUUUUCAACUAUCAAAUUUGUACAACGUUAUUUUUACUCCA